CGUCUACUCCGAGGAGCGCACUCGACUCUGAAAGCAACAAAAGGGCCCUCGCAGUUCCGUGGCAUGCUCCGCGACCCCGGGCGACAGCUGUCGCGCCGGCGAAGAAAAAACGCCAUCGGGACGACGCGGGAGGAGGCGGCCGACUGCGGCCGGGCUGCCGCCUCCACCAUACGCCGGUCGCGCCGCCUCAAUGAGGAAGUCUUCAAGGCGACCCUCCGCCGGACGUCUAGGGACGACGCGGGGCUCCGCACUCACCACCGUCUGCACGUAGUCGAAGUCGUCGGCUGGGUCGCCUGGGCGGGGCGUGGCACGCGCGCCCGGCGCGCUCCUGCUCGCGCACCGCGCCCGCCGCCCCCGGCCGCCGCCACCGCCGCGCCCGAACCGCCCGCGCCGCCGCCGGCGCCGCGCCGCCCAUGCCCAGCCCGCAGCUCUCGUCGUCGCCCGCCCCGCGCGACCCGGCCGCAGCCGGUAGGCGGCCACCAGGCGGUCUCGAAGAUCCUCCCAAACCAGCAGUCCACAUCGUCCUCGCAACAGCUCCUCGGCACCGGCCCAGCUGCGACAUGCGGCGCUCGCCCUGCCGGCGCCUAUGCGAUUGUCGGCCCGCGCCAUCGCCUCGCCCUCGCGUGCGUCGCGGCUGCUGACGGGCGCUGGCGGCCGCUGCGUCCUGCGCCGCCUGAGGCACUGCCCUCCCGAUGCACCAGCAAACUCGGCGCGGUCCUCGCAGCCGCGGCCCACGUCACACGUCCGCCGCGCGAAAUCCCGGACAGGGCGCGGACGCAGCUGCGUGUCGACUGGACCGGGCAUGCGCAACGGGCAAGGGCGAGAGCGCGAACGGCGGAGCGGGCGGCGGCGGAGUCCGGCAGCCACCGGAUGAUCUCCGGCGCGCGCGUUUCGCUUCUCUGUUUAGCGCGCUCUCCUUCGGCGCGUGGGGCGGGACGGGGCGGGCCGAGGAGCUGCCGUGCGCGCGGCUCUUCGAGGCAGCCGCAGCGCAAAGACGCUGGACGGAAAGAGGUCCUGCCCCGCCCGCCGGGCCGCAAGACGGCCGAGGCGGGUGGAGUGGGUGGGCGCGGUGCCGGUUUGCGCUCUCGGGCCGGAGGGGCGACUGGUCUUCCCACCUGCAGCAGAGGCGGCGCCGGGGACCGAGGCAUCUCCUCCAAGCUCACGCUGCUUCUCGCCAGCAAUGGGCUGCGUCAGGGAAAACGAACGAACGAACGAACGAACGGACGAACGAACGAACGAACGAACGGACGGACGGACGGACGAACGAACGAACGGACGGACCAUCGGCGACCAAUAGAAGAGCAGGGGGGUAAGAGCGAUAUUGGGAGACCAAAUAAAGUGAAAGAGGAUAGAAAACUGAACAGAUUGGACAUCCACAAGAUGAAUCUGCGUGGUUGGGGGCCGGACGAAAUGCCAAAAGAAAACGGGCCAAUAAGCAGCCACUGUGACCGCGGGGCGAGACCGUAUUGGCGAGGAGCGACAGCCUGUCUCUCAGAGAAAUUUACUUCACUCCGUAUUUGCAUUUAUAUAUUAUAUAUUAUUAUUAUUAUUAUUAUUAUUAUUAUUAUUAUUAUUAUUAUUAUUAUUAUUGUAAUGCUUUUCUAA